AUGGCUUCGGACCAACCCUCUUCUGGUACAUCGUGGGUCCCUGGUGACUUCGAACAUCCAAAUGAAGAACUGCGGCGAUCUGUCACCAUAGCGCUUGUCUUUGCCUUCACUCUUUCCACUCUUGCCGUUGGCCUACGGAUCUGGGCAAGAAAGAUGACUGGUAGCAAGUUAUUUUUGGAUGAUCACUUGAUUCUGCUUGCCCUGGUAAAUUAA